ACGAUAUCGAAAUCCCGUGAGUUAGGCUUCUUUAUUGUCAGUCGCCAUAGUCAAUAUUCUUUUGCGCGUGCUGUUGUCGAAGAAUGGCACUGAAAUAUGAAUUGGCCGUCGGCCUCAACAAGGGUCACAAGACAACGAAAAUCCGGGUAGCAAAGAACAAAGUUAAGAAAGACAAAACUGUUGCCAUCAGGCCCGCUCGGCUUAAAGGACGUCAAACAAAACACAGUAAAUUUGUAAGAGACCUCAUUCGUGAAGUUACGGGACAUGCACCGUAUGAGAAGAGAGCUAUGGAAUUGUUAAAAGUAUCCAAGGAUAAGCGUGCUUUAAAAUUCUUAAAAAGGAGGCUUGGAACUCACAUUCGUGCUAAAAGGAAGCGUGAAGAACUAGGAAAUAUCUUGGUACAGAUGAGGAAAGCUGCUGCACAGCAUCAUUAAAUGACGUUUUAUAAUUAUAAGGAUUUUACUUAUUGAAAUAAUAAAAAACAGUAAAAUGUUUAUGUUAGUUUCAUUUAUGAAGUUACAAAAUAAACGUGGUAAUAAUGCUUUAA